AAUUUAGAUAUAAUUGUUAAGUGAAACGAUUCAGUUUUCUGCGUAAAAUAAUGAGAAAAUACAUUUUAAGUUUUGUUUUUAUUUUGCCACUUUCGAUACUAUUCGUUUCUUCCAUAAAAGUUUGUAAAACUUUUCAAGAUUAUAGUGUAUUCAACUUUUUAGGACACAACUGUAUGGACAAUCCGAUUCUCAAUCGAAAUAUAACUGAAAUAAUUCGAGAUUGGCCAGGAUAUACGGCCGAAGAAUAUUAUUUAACCACCGAAGAUGGAUACAUAAUUUUAAUUGAAAGAGCCUAUAAGCAGAUCACACAAAAACAUCCGAUUAUAAUCGCGCACGGACUAGGUAUGAACGCGCUGGGUUGGGUCGAUAGAGGCGACGUAUCUCUCGCUCGAUUGUUAGGCAAUUUAGGGUACGACGUGUGGAUGUUGAAUGUACGCGGUACUUGGUAUAGUAAAGGACAUGUAAAUCUUACGACUAGCGAUAAAAAAUACUGGAAAUUCACGGUAGAUCAUGUAGGUCUUUAUGAUAUUAGAUCGAUGAUUAAAUUGGUGGCUGAACGUACCAAACGGCAAGCUAUUUAUAUAGGAUAUUCGAUGGGUACCACGGGUUUUUAUAUGUUUUCCUCAACUUAUCCCGAAGAAGCUAAACGUUUUGUUAAAGGCAUGAUAUCUCUAGCUCCAGUUUAUAAUUACAAAAAUGCUAGAAGCGUUACUAAACUUUUGUUACCUAUAUGGCCUUUAGUUAGACGCUUUGUUUAUGCAAUGUGGAAUGGAGAAGUGUUGCCAGGUUAUUCAAUAUUUCUACGACCUUUUAUUCGUACAUCAGCUGGCAUGUAUCUAAUUCAAUUUUUUUGUAAUUUUAUAUUCGGAGACGAUUUCUAUGAAAUGGAUCCCUUGACGUAUCCUAUAUUUGCUAGUCAAAUAUUAGACACGGGGGGUGUCGAAUUAUUCUCUCAAUUGUAUCAAUUUCUUCAAAUUAGCAAUUUUACGAAAUUCGAUUAUGGAAAAGAAAAAAAUUUGAAGAUGUAUGGUACUGCUACUGCUCCCCGAUACGAUUUAUCUAAGAUACCGGUACCGCUUUCUCUUUUCGUCGGAGAAAAUGAUUGGCUAGCUACGUUAACAAAUGCUAAAGAUUUAAUGGCGGCAAUUCGACCGGAUUUACGAUGUGGUUUGCAAGUGGUACCUUAUAAAAAAUGGACUCAUUUAGAUUUUUUGAUAGCCAAAGAUUUACCGAAAUAUUUAUAUAAAUAUUUAUUCCAAAAAAUUGAAGAAUUUGGCGAUGGAAUAUGUCGUCAUUAAAGAAAAAACAGAAUAUUUUAAAAUUUUUUGUAAAAAUAAAUUAAAUUAGACUGUU